AUGCUUGGGAUUGGUGAUCCAGUUUAUGACGAGAUUAGGGACGAUUUGAGUGCCUUCGGUCUGUCGGUGAAAGAAGAUGAAAUAAUCGAACAAUUUUCUGCCCUGUCUACUAAAUACGAUCUCCCAACCUCGACUCUCGUUGAAAAAUAUGUUGCAUUCAAACUUAAUCGUGGUUUAUCGGACUAUCUCAGUCGAAAUGAUAUUGAUCUGUUUGAAAAAGAGAAUCUUAUUCCAAGCGUAGGUACAAAGACUUCACAAGUAUCUGAAGUCAAACUCUCGGCUUCUCUAAAUGUUUUACCAGAGGAUAUGAGAAAAGAAAUCACUUCAAUGAAAAAUUUUGAUGAACAGUCAGAUAUUAUGAGUUCAUAUUUGGGAAAAUCGUUUCCGAAGUCUGUCCUAAAACCAUUCAAUCUCAAUGAAAUUAGCACAUCAAAUGAAGAUUAUACACCAAAAUCUCCGUUUGAAAAGGUGCUUUGUACGUUCUCUAAUCGAUCCGAUGAUAAAACGUUGGAAUCAUCUGCUUCAAAUUUGUCUUUUACUUGGAGAAUUCAGACCUUUCAAGAAACUACCGAUAAAACGUCAUCUAGAUUUAUGUAUCAACGAGCUAUUUCAAAAGCUGAAAUCCUCGAUUCGUGGACGUGGGAGCAAGUAAAGCGAAUUGUCGAGCUUCUUCCCUCUUCACUUCUCGAACCAAAUCCAGAAGCAUAUUCUUCCUCCUCUCAAAAAUCUCGGUUUUCUCUUUCCAGUGUUCUCGAGCUUUCCCAAAGGUCCCAGCUGCAGGAGGAUGCAAAUAAAUCCAAACGCCAUCCCACUUCUUCUCUUAGACCAAUUCACAGUAGAAUUCAAACACCCAGUAUAGUAGCUGGCCGAGUUGCUGUUUGUCCGGAAGCUGUUCCAGUCGAUCAGCGCUUAGACACCACUAAUGCAUGCAUCAUUGGAACUAGACGUGCUGGCGGUGGAGAUCUUGGCAAAGUUAUGUUAGAUGUUACUACCAAUAGUUCGACUUUAGAAUAUUCUCUUUACGCCGGUCAACCGGUAGUUUUCAAGGCUUCUAAUGUCAAUGGGAGAUCACUUACUGCUUUUGAGUUUUAUAAGCCUAUAGUCCUCCCAGUUUUUGAUGUGAAAGACGAGUAUAUCACUUCCAGCGAGCCGGAUCUUCAUGUAGCUGUAGCUUGCGGCCCCUUCACAACAAACACAUCUCACGAAAUUGCGCCUCUAUUGUCACUUUUAAAGAGCAUUAAGGAACACAAGCCACAUGUGUUAAUCCUACUAUCUGCUUUAGUUGAUUCUUCGCAUCCUCUCAUUGGAGAGUAUUGCGAUUCCACUUUUGAUGAACUCUACCAAACUCGUCUCAAUACAGUGGCUGAGUGGUGCCAUCUGCUUAAAAUCAAACUCAUCGUUGUUUCCUCAUGGCGAGAGGUCUGCGGAAAUCCUGUCUAUCCAACUCCACCAAUUUCAAAACCAGCUUGGGCAAUUAAGAAUCCUGAUGUGGCUGCUUGGUAUGCGAACGUGAUUUUCGUUUGGGAUCCGUGUACAAUCAAGAUUGGUCCUUAUUAUAUAGGGGUUUCUUCCCCUGAUAUUCUUUUCCAGAUGAGCUCAGAGGAAAUUAGCGCAAAUUGCACGGGUGAUCGGCUUUCUCGGCUGUGUCGACACAUCUUGGCUUCGGGCACAUACUAUCCUGUACAUCCACCUGCUGAAGAAUUACCUUUGGACUAUCCCCUAUGGUGGGAGCGUGCUCGCUUACCUUCGAGUAAUUCACCACAUUGUGUUGUCUUCCCUACAGUGGACGUGGACGGGGUUGUCUGUGUGAAUCCAGGACUGGCAGCACGUCCAAGUAGUGCUUCGGGCGGGAGCUAUGCAAGACUCAUCUUCUCUUCCAAAUCGCACGAAGCAAUGAUUGAGGGGAUGGACGAACCCACCAGGGGUCCAGUCAAAAUUCAAGGCGAGGUGAUCCAACUCUAG